CCUCUCAGUCUCACUCUUAACCUGACUGAACGAAGAACCAUCUCAAAAAAAAUCCGACGAGCGAAAGAUGAAGUCCUUAGCUUCGCCGCCGUGUCUCCGCCUAAUACCGACGGCACACCGUCAGCUUCAUUCGCGUCAAUCUUCCUCCGCCUGUUAUAUUCACGGUGUCUCUUCCGUGAAAAAAUCCAAUAGCCUCUCCUUCUCCUCAUCCGCAUCCGGAUUUGUGUCACCGCUCGCUGUAGAGAAGGAACUACGCUCUUCAUUCGUACAGACGGCUGCUGUUCGCCAUGUAACUGGGUCUCUUAUCAGAGGCGAAGGUCUUAGAUUCGCCAUCGUUGUAGCUCGUUUCAAUGAGGUUGUGACUAAGUUGCUUUUGGAAGGAGCGAUUGAGACUUUCAAGAAGUAUUCAGUCAGAGAAGAAGACAUCGAAGUUAUAUGGGUACCUGGCAGCUUUGAGAUUGGGGUUGUUGCACAAAAUCUUGGGAAAUCAGGAAAAUAUCAUGCCGUUUUAUGCAUUGGCGCUGUGAUAAGAGGAGAUACCACACAUUAUGAUGCUGUUGCUAACUCUGCUGCAUCCGGAGUACUUUCUGCUGGCAUAAAUUCAGGUGUUCCAUGCAUCUUUGGUGUACUGACUUGCGAGGACAUGGAUCAGGCUUUGAAUCGAUCUGGUGGCAAAGCCGGCAAUAAGGGAGCUGAAACUGCUUUGACGGCGCUCGAAAUGGCGUCGUUGUUUGAGCACCACCUGAAAUAGCUCUGCUGGCAAUGAUCACGUAUGAGAACUGCAUGCUGUUAUCACAUUUGGUUACUAUCCAAUCUCCAAAAUUGUAACUCAAAGAUAUUCAAAUUGUUUUGGUGAGAAUAUUUAAACGCUUUUGUAAGCUUUUUUUUUUUUUUGUCGACCAUUCGUUUUUAUAACGAAAGUCCAAAAUGGGCAGAGUACAAAAGCAUGAUACAAAGCUUUAUUUAAGCCCAAA